AGCCUUGGCACUCACCACUCGCCCUGCAGCACUCACGCCUCCUACAGUGCCUCCCGCAGUGCCACUCGAGUGUUCAAGAGUGCCACUAUCAGACCCAAAAGUAGGAGUGCCACUAGCAAAGAGGAUUCAAGAGAUAUAAGAGGAUUAGAAACACUUCGGAUCAACUCGGAAAACAGUGAUCAAGAGGAGUCAAGAGGAAUGCAGACGGUGUGAUUGAAAAAGAAGUUCUGCAUUAACAAGAGGGAACAUUCAAGACAUUUUAAGGGUACCAAGAGGAGGAAGUGCCCAAGAGGAACGUGAGAGAGGAAGAAAGAGGAGGGUAUUACUAGUGCCAAAGAUGCGGCUGAGGCGGCUGGUGGUGGCGGCGGUGGUGGUGGUGGGGUGCCUGCUUCCCAUGGCACCCCCUGCUGAGGGUUUGUUUGGCACUGCAAUUACGGCUGCCACGCUCAGCUCCGGCGCCCUCGCUACCCUAGGCCUACUGGGGGCUGUGGGCAUUGGUGUGGCACUCAAGAAGAAAUUCCACGGAGGGUAUGGCGGGUAUCGUAGCGGCUAUGGCGGCUACAACAAAGGGCAUUAUGGCGGCGGUUAUGGUUAUGGGAAGGGACACGGCGGCGGGUAUGGGAAGGGAGGCUAUGGGCAUGGGAAGGGAGGCUAUGGGUAUGGUAGUAGUAGCUAUAGUGGAUAUGGGAGUCAUGAGGUAGGCUAUGGGCACAGUGGAGGUGGAUAUGGACACAGUGGAGGUGGUUAUGGACACAGUGGAGGCGGAUAUGGAGGUGGAUAUGGUAGCGGGGAGCAUGGCCAUGGACAGGGGUAUGGAGGAUCUGGUAGUGGAUAUGGGGGUUCUGGAGGUGGAUAUGGGGGUUCCGGAGGUGGAUAUGGUGGUGGGUUCGUUAAUGGCGGGUAUGGAGGAGGGUUCGGUGGGGGUGACAGCUUCGAGGUCGGUCAUGGGGGGUAUGGCGGGGGUGGAUCGUUUCCUGUGCCCCUAGGACCUGCAAGACGCCGCCGGGAUGUACAGAACAACAGCAGCGAGAACAAGGACUGGAAGAAGAAGGGAGACACUGAAGAACUAAAGAAGAUAGAACUAAAAUACAAAGAAGGGGGAGAGGAGGAGGAAGUGGAGGAGGAGGAAGUGGAGCUGCUGCUGGGGGAGGACCAUUUAGGAUGCGCCCGCAUGCUGGUAUGUGAGUUGGCUUCCCGCUCCCCUGGCCUCCUCCCACCACCCCAUCAGGCAGUGCUUUCCUUCGUCAGAAGCGAAGGCAGCAGGAAUCUGGACAUGAAGCCUGGUGAUGAACGAGCGAAUCAGAGUGAAGCAGCUUCGGGCAUGGCAAGGCUGUGGAAGGCCUCAGAGGAAGGGAGAGGAGGUGCCCAGUGCUCCAAACUUUACCCUAAGUGCCCCUUCACUGCCAACGGGGUCAUGGAGAUAGUGAGAGAGGUCGCCGAAGCUCAGUAAAGCAAUCGUUCGAAGCUUCACAUGUGGUUCGAGGCCGUGAAUUCAAUAAUUAUUAAGCUCUAUUUCUCUUUGCUAUCUCUCAGGUAAUUAAAAUGUUUUGUAUUUUAUCUAUGAAGUUAUGCUUUUCAGAGGUUUAUUUUGCUACAAUCUGUUGAAUUUCUCAGGUUAGGAGUUAGCAGACGUUUUGCAUUUUUUUUUUUUCUUUUAUGUUUAAAGUUAAUGUAUCUGUUUUUCAAAAGGUGUGACGUGUGUAAAUAAGUGUGUGCUGUGUGGAUAAUCUAUUUAAUAAAGGUGUAGUUGUAAUAAUUACUUU